GCUCGUCGUCUGUGCAGUUCGCGUCUCGUGUGCAUGAGGUAAACACCGCCGCUGCUGCCACCGCCGCCUCUCUCUGCUUCUUUUCGUAAAUGCCCAAUACAAUGGGAGGUUAGUUGGCCUAAGACGUGGUCGAGGUGAUCCGAGAGAAGAACAAGUCAGUGGAUACCGAGCAGGAACCAUGUACGGUUUCGUGAAUUAUGCCCUGGAGCUGCUGGUGGUGAAGACGUUUGACAACGAAACAUGGGAAGCUAUAAAAAAAGAUGCGGCUGUCAAUAUGGAGGGUCAGUUUCUCGUACGUCAAAUCUACGACGACGAAGUUACUUACAACAUCAUUGCCGCUGCAGUCAAUCGACUCAAACUUAGAUGCCCUCCAUGACCAUUUGGGCACAUUAUACCCUGGAAUGCGAGCACCGUCGUUUAGGUGUACGGAAAGGCCUGAAGACGGAGCCCUUGUUCUUCAUUAUUAUUCAGAUCGGCCUGGCCUAGAACACAUUGUUAUUGGAAUAGUUAAGACUGUAGCGAAAAAACUUCACAGCACUGACGUCGAUAUGCAAAUUUUAAAAACGAAAAAUGAAUGUGACCACGUACAAUUUCUGAUCACCGAACAAUCCGGUCCUGGAAUCGUUCCCAAACCAAUGAUAGCCGACCUUGAAUGUCUUUCCGUCGAGCCGAAAGUCAGUCCAACCACAUUUUGCCGCGUGUUUCCAUUUCAUUUAAUGUUCAAUCGGGACCUGACAAUAGUGCAAACCGGAUGUACCAUCACCCGAGUUAUACCUCAAGUCUGCAAAGGAAAUUGCAAACUGAACGACAUACUUCUAACAGUUAGACCCCAUCUUGAGCUGACAUUCGAAAACAUUCUUUCGCACAUCAAUACCGUCUAUGUACUUCGAACAAAGAAAGGGGUUAUGCAAGUCGACGCUUCCGAAGAAUAUUCCUACUUACGUUUAAAGGGUCAAAUGCUGUACGUACGCGAGUCUGAUUCUGUGAUCUUCCUCUGCUAUCCAAGCGUGAUGAACCUCGAUGACCUGACGAGGAGAGGCCUGUACCUUAGCGACGUGCCGCUUCACGAUGCAACGCGUGACCUGGUCCUCAUGUCCGAACAAUUCGAGGCCGACUACAAGCUGACGAGAAACCUCGAGCUACUCACAGACAAGCUGCAACAGACUUACCGCGAACUCGACGGAGAGAAGCAGAAGACCGACAGGUUAUUGUACUCCGUUCUGCCGAUAUCCGUGGCAAAUGAGCUCAGGCACUCGCGACCCGUGCCAGCCAAGAAAUACGACUGUGUCACGCUCUUAUUUUCUGGCAUCGUCGGCUUCAGUGCUUACUGCGCCGCGCAUACAGACUCAAGUGGAGCCAUGAAAAUCGUCAACAUGCUCAAUGAGCUCUACAUCGCUUUCGACGUUCUGACUGAUCCUAUGAAAAACCCCAACGUUUACAAGGUGGAGACCGUCGGUGACAAGUACAUGGCUGUGAGCGGAUUACCAGAACCCUGUAGGAGUCACGCCCGAUGUAUAGCCCGCCUCGCUCUGGAUAUGAUGGAUCUAGCUGCCGAGGAGGUGAAGAUAGACGGAGAACCUGUGAAAAUUACCAUCGGGAUACACAGCGGCGAAGUGGUCACAGGUGUAAUUGGCCAUCGCAUGCCCCGCUACUGUUUGUUUGGCAACACCGUCAAUCUCACCAGUCGAACGGAAACUACAGGAGAACCGGGCAAAAUCAACGUAUCUGAAGAUGCUUAUAGAUAUCUAUGCAUGCCAGAAAAUCAAGAUCCACAGUUUUUAUUGGAGUACAGAGGGUUAGUAUCAAUGAAAGGCAAAUCCGAACCGAUGAACGUCUGGUUUCUCUCCAGGGAGCGGGAGUUGCCGUAAUUAGAUAUAUGUAGUAUUCUAACAUCUAAAGAGCACUCUCACUCAGCUUCUCCUCGUGGUUACAUACAAAUAUACCAACAUAAUCGCGCAAGAACACCUUUCUUCAUAUUUUAGCAAUAAAUAAAAAGAAGGUGAUCUUUACAAAAAAAGUAGAAAAAAAAGAUCAGAUAAAAAAACGUGGUAAACACAGUCGGGUUCAACAAAAGAUAAAUUCGAUGCAUUGUUGUUGGAUAUUUACGUUAAAAGAAUGCAAUGUUAUAUAUUUUAUUUUAUUUAUUUCAAAAACAUUAGUGAAAUUUGUAGAUACUUAUAUUAAAAACCAUGACGUUAAUGGCAUAAUGUUAUGUAAAUUGCAUAAAUAUAGAAACGUUGGCGCUUGUAAUUUGUUGGCUAUAUUUACUUGAAAAUAUUGAUUAUAAAAUUAUUAAAGAAAGUUUUAUUAAAAAAAAUUUUUUAAAUUUAAAUUUUUAAGAAAAAUGCUAGUGGUUACUUAAAUCUACUUAUAUAAUAAUAUUUUAAAUGAAUCGAUUUAAAUAACUAUCUUUCACUUUACAAAUAAAUCAAAUACUGAUCAAAAAUCAUCACACAAUGAAAUUUUUACAAAUUUCUUCAAACAUAUAAGUAUAUUGUUACAAAUUGGAAUUAAAUGAAAAAGCGUUUUUAAUGUUAUUAUUCCAAAACAUACAUUAAAAUAUGUUUUCUUCCGUGUAAACGCGAAUGAUUAAAGAACCAACUUUAAUGUAAUUCAUCAAAAUUUUAACAAUUAUUAGAGAAUGCCUUACUUAUUUUAUAAAGAAACCUUUUUUCAAUAAGUAUGAAUUUAGAUAUAAUUAAUUCAAAAAUAAAGCUUUAUAGCUGUGAAAUUAUUAAUUAAACUCAAAGUUGAACGUUAUCAGAUACGAUAUUAAGCUAAGUGUUCUGAAGCUGGAAAAUCAGAUGGACCAUUCAACAUUGCAAAUACUUCGGACUGAUAUACUGGUCGUCCUGAUUUUUUUAUUUUUCCUAUAAUAUACAUAUAUUUAUAUUUUAAAAUGCAUUACUCUGAACCUUUAAACGAAAUUUAUAAGGAUAUUAAUAUCUAACACUCGCUAAACUGCAAAGGGGCAUACAAUUAUAAUCUACAUCUGUAUACAUUUUAUAGAUAAAAAAAAUUAGUUAUACAGUUGUUGGUUUUAAGAUUAUACUAGCAUACCCUGAGUGUUCUUUUUGGGUGAAGAUUAUUUACUUGUUAAGUACUAAAAAAUGAAUUAAUAGAGAGUUGAUUCCACAGGAGCAUUGUAAAACUAUCGGGCGUGUUAACAAACGAUUAACUUACGUUUUUCAAGCUUGAAAUUAUUCUGUUAAACAAAAUUCUAAUUUUAUGAGUUUUACUGAUGAAAAUGAUAUAAAAUUGUUAUUUUACACCAAAAAUUUGUGGUAGCCAUGCCAUUGUCACUUCAUAUGACAAUUGAUAGGUAUACGUACCUACAUUUACAUUUAUUACACGAAAUAAUUGAUUUUCGAUGACGGAAAUUUAUCGUAUGUAACGUUAUAUUCUUUAUAAAAAAAUAAGACGGUACCAGUUCGACUUGUAAAGCAGGUGGAUCUGCUUGCGCUUUAGGAUUUAUUUUACCUAAUCCAAGCAUAUGUACACAAAGUGGCAAUCAAAUAUAAAGUAUAUUUACCACUCU